GAGAGUCAUCAUUGACGUCACAACCGUCUAUAUAGUUAGUUGCGCGUGAGUCUAAUAAAUAGUCGUUUGAAAGCCGUUGUGGUCACCCCUCAGGAUCGGCCGAGGUUUACUAUAAGUGCUACAACAUAGAGCCGAGUCUUACUGGAAAAAGACUACGACUCGAAAAUGAGCUACGCAGCGGCAGAGUCUGUGGUUCAGUCCAGUACAUGGGCUGCCACAAAUUUAUUCUACGUUCUCUUGGUACCAGCUCUUAUACUAUGGUACACCUACUGGCGGAUGUCCCGCCGUAACCUUUACGAGCUGGCUGAUCAAAUUGCUGGUCCUAAAGGAUACCCAAUCAUCGGAAACGCUCUAGACUUCACAGGGGGCUCGGCUGAAAUCUUCGAAAACAUAAUCAAGCGAAGCAACGAAUUCCCUAAAGAGAGUGUCCUCAAAGUAUGGAUUGGCCCACGUCUCCUUGUGUUCCUGUACGACCCACGUGAUGUAGAACUGAUCCUUAGUAGUCAUGUACAUAUUGACAAAGCCGAUGAGUACAAAUUCUUCAAGCCCUGGCUUGGAAACGGUCUUCUCAUCAGCACAGGUCAGAAAUGGCGCUCGCACAGGAAACUCAUCGCACCUACCUUCCAUCUCAAUGUACUGAAGAGUUUUAUUGACCUUUUCAAUGCCAACUCUAGAGCUGUUGUCGAUAGAUUGAAGAAGGAGACUGGAACUUUUGACUGUCACGACUACAUGAGCGAGUGUACUGUCGAAAUUUUACUUGAAACGGCUAUGGGUGUCAGCAAAAGCACACAGGACCGCAGCGGCUUCGAAUACGCCAUGGCUGUCAUGAAGAUGUGUGACAUCCUCCAUUUAAGACACACAAAGAUUUGGCUCAGGCCAGACCUUCUCUUCAACUUCACACAAUAUGCAAAGAUGCAAGAAAACUUGCUUGACAUUAUUCAUGGUCUCACCAAGAAGGUUAUUAAGAGGAAGAAGGAAGAAUUCAAAUCUGGGAAUAAACCAGCUGCCGUAGUAACUGAAGUAAUUGAAAAAGGAAGUGAACCCGCUCAAACUACGUCAGUUGAAGGUCUGUCAUUUGGUCAGUCCGCUGGUCUGAAAGAUGACUUAGAUGUUGACGACGAUGUUGGACAAAAGAAACGUCUGGCUUUCCUUGACUUGCUUUUAGAGAGUGCUCAAGGAGGUGUUGUUAUUUCUGAUGAAGAAAUCAAGGAACAAGUUGACACAAUUAUGUUUGAGGGUCACGAUACAACUGCUGCUGGAAGCAGUUUCUUCUUGUCAGCUAUGGGUAUCCACCAAGACAUUCAAGAGAAAGUUGUCGACGAACUUGAUAGAAUUUUCGGUGACUCCGACCGCCCAGCAACAUUCCAGGAUACCUUAGAGAUGAAAUACUUGGAGAGAUGUUUGAUGGAAACACUCCGAAUGUUCCCGCCAGUUCCAGUCAUUGCUCGUCACCUGAAACAGGACGUCACUUUACCUUCAAAUGGAAAGAAAAUACCAUCUGGCGCUACGGUGAUUAUUGCGACAUACAAAUUACACAGACGCGAAGAUAUCUACCCUGAUCCACAUAAGUUCAACCCAGAUAACUUCUUGCCAGAACGUUCAGCUAACCGUCAUUAUUACGCUUUUGUUCCAUUCUCCGCUGGACCAAGAAGUUGCGUAGGUCGCAAAUACGCUAUGCUGAAGCUAAAGAUCAUUCUGUCGACCAUUUUAAGGAAUUUCCGCGUCGUCUCUGAUCUUAAAGAAUCCGACUUCAGACUGCAGGCUGACAUCAUUCUCAAACGAGCUGAGGGAUUCAAAGUUCGUCUGGAGCCCCGCAAGCGAAUGGCUAAAGCAUAAAAAGAUACGUAACGCAAUACUUAGGACAUAGUUCGAUCUGUAGAGAAUGUACAAAUUUUUUACAGUAAAAAUUACAUGCAUUUGUGAUACCAGUACUGACUAAAUUAUUGUUAAAGAACGAAGAAAUACCGGGGUGGCAGAAUAUUAAUUAUGGGAUGAAGUGGUUUAAGCAUUUUCAAUAUUGCUCAAUCGUGCUAGGAUAUUAUUUUGUACUAAUAUAUCUUUAAUGAGUUGUAAAUAGUGAAGUACAUUUCUUAUUAUUAUAAUUAAUGUGAUAAUGCAAUAAAGUGAAAUAUUAAAAAACGCUUUUAAUU